GUAGCCACGGUUUCACACUGCGGGCGCGUCCUCGUUUGCGCGCUCACGAAGGCUAUUGUGUUUUUAUCAACAAGGAGACCACCGUGGCCUUACGGGUUACUGAGCUGACCAGCUGAAAGAAAAGACACUGUACCACCAUGGGGGACGAACAAGAAAUAAUGUGCAAGUUAGAAAACAUCUUGGAAAUACGGAACAAGACUGUGCAGAUGCAGAAGAUCAAGUCUCGUCUUAAGGUUGAGUUUGAAUCUCUGGAGUCGGAGGAGAAGCACCUGAAAGAGUACAAACAAGAGAUGGACCUGCUUCUACAAGAGAAAAUGGCACAUGUGGAGGAGCUGCGGCUUAUCCACGCAGAUAUCAAUGUGAUGGAAAGCACCAUCAAGCAGUCGGAGAAUGACCUGAAUAAACUGCUAGAAACAACACGCCGCCUGCAUGAUGAGUACAAACCCCUGAAGGAGCAUGUUGAUGCCCUCAGGAUGACUUUAGGUCUACACAGACUCCCGAACCUGAACGAAGAGGAGGAGAAGCUCUCCCUGGAGUUA